AUGGUUUGUGCGAAAUGCGAGAAGAAAUUAUCUAAACUCGCAGCUCCCGAUCCCUUCAAGAGCUCGUCCUCGAGCAUCAAGGAUGGAUCCCGCAAAGUAGGGGAGAAUAAGCUCCUAGGGAAGGCUGGUACUGCGGGCGGAUCCAAGAGUCGAUAUUCGCCGUACGGUAAUUAUGGGACGAAAUGUAAAGACUGCAAGCAACCGGUCACACAGAAUAAGGCGAAAUAUUGCCACGGGUGUGCUUUUAAGAAGGGUCUAUGCUCGAUAUGCGGGAAACAGAUCCUCGAUACCUCCGGAUACGCCAUGUCGAGCAAGUAG